AACUACUCUAAGCGUCACUGUGAGAGGAGACCGAGGAGAGAGUCGGGUACCGUUACCGGGCUGGGAUACCGUUAGUAAAGAAUCAUUUCCUCCUAGUUUAACGGAACAAAGCUUGGGUACGGGAGGUGGGGAAUCAUGGGAAAUAUCCCUUUCUCAGCGUGGGAAUAUCAGCCACGGAGAACACAGCUCAUGUUUUGACGUAAAUCAGGGAAUAUAACGGCUGACGGCAAAAACACAGAACACCACAGCCACUCUUUCUCCAUCUCCUCCAUUUUGGUUGUCAGUGAUGGAGCACAUCCGGACGCCCAAGGUGGAAAAUGUGCGUCUCCUGGACCGGUCGUCAGGACAGAGAAAGGCCAGCAUCGGGACUCUUUACCUCUCUGCCACGCAUACUAUCUUUGUAGAAAACAACCCAGAGACACGCAAGGAGACAUGGGUGUUGCACAGUAUGGUGAGCAGUGUGGAGAGGACCCCCACCAUCCCGGCAGGAAGUCAGCUGAUCCUGCGAUGCAAGGACUUCCGGGUCUUCCAGAUCCUUGUUCCACUGGAGAGAGACUGUUUGGAUGUCCACACCUCAUUGUUCAGACUGUCACGACCAGAGAAGUACAGUGAGCUGUACUGCCUUUCCUUUAAUCCCAAUGUGAAUAAAGAUGAGAGAGAAGAGUCCUGGACCUUCAUAGACCUGACGGCUGACUACAAGAGGAUGGGGGUCCCUAACAACCUGUGGGUUGCUACAGCGGCCAACAGUGAAUACAGGGUGUGUGACACGUACCCAUCAGAGCUGUUUGUUCCAAAGACGGCCACACCCCCCAUCAUCGUGGGCAGCGCCAGGUUCAGGAGCCGAGGACGAUUUCCUGCUCUGUCCUACUUCCACCAGGACACACUGGCCGCAGUGUGCCGCUGCAGCCAGCCUCUGUCCGGCUUCAGCGGCCGCUGUCAGGAGGAUGAGAUGAUGCUACAGGCCCUGAUGAAGGCCAACCCAGGCAGUGACUACAUCUAUGUGGUGGACACCAGGCCCAAGUUGAAUGCCAUGGCAAAUCGUGCUGCAGGUAAAGGCUACGAGAAUGAAGACCACUACACCAACAUCAAGCUGCACUUUAUCGGCAUUGAGAACAUUCACGUGAUGAGGAGCAGCCAGCAGAAGAUCAUUGACGUGGGUGAGAUGCGAUUUCCGUCCAUGACUGACUUCCUGUAUGGUCUGGAGAACUCUGGUUGGCUCAAACAUAUUAAAGCCAUCCUGGAUGCGGGGCUCUUCAUAGCCAGGGCGGUGGCUGAUGAAGGAGUCAGUGUGUUGGUGCACUGCUCAGACGGCUGGGACCGGACCGCCCAGGCCUGCUCUGUAGCCAGUAUACUGCUGGACCCAUACUACAGGACUAUCAAAGGCCUCAUGGUGCUGAUAGAGAGGGACUGGGUUUCCUUCGGACACAAGUUCUCCCACAGGUACGGCCACCUGGACGGAGACCCUAAAGAAGUGUCUCCAGUCAUCGAUCAGUUUGUGGAGUGUGUGUGGCAGCUGUCCGAGCAGUUCCCCUGUGCCUUCGAGUUCAACGAGCGCUUCCUUGUCGCCAUACACACACACAUCUACUCCUGCCAGUACGGGAGCUUCUUGGGAAACUGCCAGAAGGAGCGUAGGGAUAUGAGGCUUGGAGAGAGGACUCACUCAGUUUGGCCCAAGCUGUGGAAGGAGCGAGCCCAGUACACCAACCCUCUGUACCGGGCCGAGCAGAGCCAGAGCCAGGGGGUCCUGAGGCCCAACACCACCCCCUACUGCUUCAAGAUGUGGAAAGGGCUCUAUAACCAUGCAGAGAAAUCCACGCCUCCCCGCCAGUCACCUGCUGACUUCCUGUCUGCUGUGAGGGAUGAGUCCCAGCAGCUGGAGGAGGAGCUGACCAAUCAGCAGGAGAGGAUAGCAGCCCUGACCGGGGAGCCAAUCACGUGGGAGGAGGUUCCGAGGAGGAGGACUAGCCGCCCGCGGCCCCCACACUGCGGGCCGGACCCGCCGUGUUCUUAUACAGACCCAAUCACCAGCCCUGCACGACCCCCCCUCACACUGCCUCUAGGGCUGCACCCCCACCCUGACGAGCUCUCUGUCUGGAGAGACCUGGAGCCAGGAGUCGCCGACCCGGACCGUUGUCUUUACUGCUGCCUGAGAGGACAGAGACCCUGCUGCUGUCUGCGGGGGGGGGCUUUUCUUACAGUAGUUCCUUAAAUGAUUGAGACGUGCAGGUGGGGGGCAGAAUGGGACGAGUUAAAGAUGGCUGCUGACUGAAGACAGCUGGGUUUAUGUCUGGUCUUCAGUGUGCAGUUGGGGUCUGUAGAGUGGGUCAGGGACGCUCUGCCGGACCGGGCGCUGAAGGCGGUUUUAAGUUAUUUGUUCCUUGCUGGCCAGAAAGGCUGUUUUUUAUUUCUGUCAUUUGUACUUUUUUAGGAUCCACAUUACUGCUGUGAGCUGGAUAGAUGUGACCGAUAGGUCCAAACUGGAAGUCUGAUGAACACAGAGGAGAACAAACAUUAACCCGGGUCCUUUUAAGGUCCUGAUUUCAACAAACACACCUCCUGAACAUCAUCCUUUGCUCCACGAGAGAUUCACUGAGUGAUUCAUCCUCACCCAGUCUUCCUCUCCCUCCGUGUAAAGUGAUAUGCAUUAUGAUGUGAUGAAGAGUACGUGAUUGCUCCCAGGUACUUCCUUAUAGGCCCUAAAACAUUAACCUUUAGUCCCAAGAAGCAGAGUGUGUGUGUGUAGCAGUCUGAAGUGGUAGUAAAGUAUGAUCACUGAUUGGCAGACUGAUUCAUCCCUCUGCUCAGUGAAUUGCAGAGGUUCUGUUGUAUAAACUGAACACUUUGGGUCAGGGAGCUAGCAAAUCAUUUUCUCCCUUCACUUUUUCCUCCCUGAAGACUCGUCACUCUCCAAAACACAUCUCAGAAAUAAAUAAAAAAUCCUCUGAAAGAAAAAGGGCCAGUUUGCAGUGGCAGCCAUGAUGAAACAAAGGGAGUGGAACAGGAAGUGGUUUACAGUGUGAAUGUUUUCAACCAGUUUGAACUCUCUGUUGGAAUAUCAAUCUACAAAAUGUGAUCAAAAACAUGUUUAUUUAUUUAUUGUUUAUUCCUAUGUUUCAGUGUAGUCUAUAUGAUAUCUGCGCUGAUGUAAUCAGAUUUGUCCUCAGUGUAAAUCAUAAAACCCAGUGGUCGCUCAGAUCCAUGCACUGAGGGGGGCUGAUGAGUGCUUUCAGGUGGUCUUUCACUUUGUACAUUCCCACUGGAUGAAGAACCAACAGCAGGGUCUCUGGGAACAUGUCUCGACUUUGUUUCUACUCUGUUCAGUCCAUAUUAACUCAACCUGUGAGUGUAGAGCUGCCUGAACCUGCCGUGGCACCAUCUAUCACAGAUGCUUUCCUAACAGGGGGACUGAUAGACAGCCAGUGGGAUAACUGGAUUCUCAUUGGAAAAUAUAAAAGAACGUCAAGGACAAAUGCCCCUUUGUGCUGUGUAUGACUUCAACAUGUCCCUUGUCUAUGUGAACCUCUGUCUGUAGCCUGUGGUGUGUGUGUUGUGUGCCCAUUAAUGUCAAUGACUGAUCAAUAAAUGCACUGUUAAAGGGGAAGAACUGCAACAGACUGGGUCUGGAGUAUUACUCACUGGGAAGUGAUAACCUCUGGCAGCAGAGCUGUGAUGAGUGCAGUAAACGUGUCUCUGAACACACACAUUUAAACACUCAGCCUCUGAAAACAGGAAAUGGUCUGUUGCAAGAUUCUCAAAACUGAUCCUAUGAAUAUUUCAUAAGGAGAUUUCUCAUGGUUCUGUUUAUCAAUGUUUUAAAUCCCUGUAUAUUUCCUUUUUCAAUGCAUCAACAAAUCAUUGUCUAUUGUGAGCAUUUUGCAGAUGUAAGUGUGAGGACACAGUGGGUACAUUUUCUGCUCACGUCUUUAUUUCAGGAAUCCUGUGCAAACAUUUUUCUUCAUUAAUAAAUGUGUUGACACAAUAAUA